AUGCCUCACUCAUUCGGUCUCCGUGCUCGUACCAGAUACUUGUUCUCUCGUGGUUUCAGAAACCAUGGUCUCUUACAAACCACCACCUUCUUAAGAACUUUCCGUUUAGGUGAUUACGUUGAUAUCAAAGCCACCGGUAAUGUACACAAAGGUAUGCCACACAAAUUCUACCACGGUCGUACCGGUCGUGUUUGGAAUGUUACUCCACGUGCUGUUGGUGUCAUCAUCAACAAACGUGUUGGUCCAAGAAUCAUUGCCAAGAAAAUCCACGUCAGAACUGAACACGUCAAACCAUCAAACUCCAUGGCUGCUCACUUAAAACGUAUCCAAGAAAACAAAAAAGCUGUCGUUGAAGCCAAGAAAGCCGGUAAAUGGGUCGAUGUUAGACGUAACCCAGCUGCACCAAAGGACGGUUUCUUUGUCAACCCAAGAAACACUGAAUUCGUUGAAGUCAAACCAGUCAAAUACGAACUUUUAUUAUAA